AUGCUCUCGUACGAGUGCCCAAAUGCACGUGACGGUUGUCAGAUGGCAUUUGCUGACUACGCGCUUCCUGUGUGGCAGAUUGUACCAUUCGUGCUGGAGGGGGAAGUUGCGGUCAUUUGUAGUUGCACGAUUGUCGCCUUUCUGGACUGGCACGAGACUUUCGUGCGGGCUGCGGAGCACACGGAUGAGAGUCUGAGUGCAUUCGACACUGCCACUCGCAGGAUGGUGCAGUUGGUGGAAAGCACCUUUCCACGCGAGCACUCUGGGUGGAACCUUGUGAAGGUGCACCUGCUGCUUCACCUUACUGAGGCGAUUCGAAGGGGGGGCCUGCCACGAGAGUACUCCGCGGCGGUGUACGAGAACGCACACAUCCGCACCUGCAAGAGGCCGUACCGACGGUCCAACCUUCGGGACGUGGGGCGUGUGAUUGCGCAGCACAACACCAACGCUGCUCUACUGACCCGUAUCCCAACCAACCUCGAGGGCAACCGCCAGUACAACACCGCGAUGCGCCGGGCAAUCGCCAGUGGGCUGCCCCAGCUGUGCCGCCAGCGAUCCAGGAUGCACAGCGCGAUCACGGACAGGGAGCAGGCUCCCCUGGACCUGUACGCGACGUACGAUGCUGCAAUCCCGGGAGGCAUUGGGCCAUACGCCUACUUGACGCGCCUCUUUGGCUACGUCUCUUUUCCGGCGUGGGUCCACACGGCGCUGGCUCUACCAGCCCGCGGGACGGACCACGGCCUGAUCAGGCCACACUAUGUCCGCGCCAACCCCUCUCACCACGGUGCUGCCACAUUCUCGUUCAUUGAGUACGAGGAUGGGACUGGGGAGACCGUGGUCGGCCGCGUGCACCUGCUCCUGACGCUGAUGAUGAACAGCGAGGAUGCACACCCCGCGGGAGAGGCCGUGGCCUUCGUGAGGCAGUGGUACCCCUCCCUGGAGGACGAGUGCACUGGCUGCAUGAGGAUGCGGCCAUCUGAUGACGAGCUGAGCUACGACCUUGUGCCGGUCGCCUCCGUGCAGAGGACCGUGCACAUGGUGGAGUCGUUUGUGACGCCUGGCCUCUGGUAUCUUAACAGGUGGGCUGGCCGAUGCCGCGAGGAGUUGCCCUAA